AAGACGAUGUCGUAAACGGACGUACGGAAAAAAAUAUGUGAAUAUUGAUAAAUACAUUAAUAUAAAUAAAAUAUUUAAAUUAAUUGUGAUCAAACAAACGUGCAGUUAAUCAUCUAAUAAUUAGCAAGAAAGAUUUUUAAAUUUAGCCAUGUUAGCGCUUACACGCUACGUAGCAUUGAUAAGCGCUUUAGGACUUUUCAUAAGCGUUGCGGAUAGCGAGGAGCCUGCGGAUAGAAAAUGGUGGGAAACUACAUUAGUUUAUCAGAUUUGGCCUAGAGGAUUUCAGGAUAGCGAUGGCGAUGGUGAGGGCGACUUGAAGGGUAUUAUUAAUCGACUCGAUUACCUCAAUGAUCUCGGAAUCGAGACAAUUUGGUUAAAUCCUAUUUAUCCUUCGCCAUUAAUCGAUUCAGGAUAUGAUGUUUCCAACUAUACAGACAUACAUCCCCUUUUCGGGGAUUUAAAUAUUUUCGAUAAUUUCAUACGAGAAGCACAUAAUCGAGAAUUAAGAGUCAUUCUAGACAUUAUUCCGAAUCAUUCCAGCGAUCAACACAAAUGGUUCCAAAUGUCGGCACAAAAUAUCGAGCCGUAUACUGAUUAUUACAUUUGGUCAGAUGGCAAGAUCGAUAAAAAUGGCACAAAUAUUCCACCGAAUAACUGGAUGAGUACAUACAACAAUAAUACAGAAUCUGCAUGGACGUUUCAUGAGAAGAGACAACAAUGGUAUUAUCAUAAAUUUCAUCAUUCUCAGCCGGACCUUAAUCUGAGAAACGAGAAAGUGAUCAAAGAAUUAAUGAAUAUAUUUGACUUUUGGUUGAAAAGAGAAGUCGACGGUUUCCAAAUUACUGCAGUACCGUAUUUCUUCGAGGACGAAGCCUUAAGAGACGAACCUAAAAAAGACCUUUAUACCUUUGGUCUUCCCGAAAGCACUGCUCUUCUUUAUGUAUUUCGUAAAUACAUCGAUGAUUGGGUAUCGACCCAUAAAACUACAUCAAAGUUGUUAAUCGCGGAAUCAUAUGAUAUUUCUGACGUUAAUUUAAUAGCAUAUUACGGAAGUGGCACGCACAAAGGAAUUCCACCUUUCAAUUUUAAAUUUAUAACGCUUAUUCGCAAUAGCAGCAGUGCUAAUGAUAUUAAGCGUAUCUCGGAUGAAUGGAUCAAACUUCUUCCAGAAAAUUCUAAUACCAAUUGGGUGCUUUCAAAUCAUGACAAUUCGAGAGCAGCCUCGAGAAUCGGAUUCAAUCGAGUCGACGGUCUUCACAUGCUCAGUUUGCUUUUGCCUGGACAAGCAUUUACAUAUUAUGGCGAAGAAAUAGCCAUGUUGGAUACGAAGCUAAGUUGGGACGAAACCAUCGAUCCCAUAGGAUGUGCCAGUGGCAUAAACAAAUACGAAUAUUUCUCGAGAGAUCCAAUGAGAACUCCCAUGCAAUGGAACUCCGAAAUUUCAGCUGGCUUUUCAAAAAAUAAUGCUACAUAUCUCCCGGUUUAUCAUCAUCAUGACAAUAAUGUAGGGAUGCAACAAAAUAAAAAUGAGAGUAAUUUAAAGACAUACAAAGACCUGGCUAUUUUGAGAAAGAAUCCAAUUUUUAGGAAUGGAAAUUAUGAACUUACAAGUUUAAAUCGUGAUCACGUGUUGGUGUUAAAAAGAUUCUUGAAAAAUUACCCAGACGAAUUAUACAUCGUUGUAGUUAAUCUGGGUCUGCGGCAAGAGAAGAUUAAUCUGACUUCUAUAUAUCCUAAUUUGAACAAAACUUUAGAGAUUGUUGUGGCUUCUAGCAAUGCAGUUUGCGACACAAAUAUUGUUCCACGGGAUAAUAUUGAAUUAACAGCGAAUGCCGCAUUUGUAUUAAAUGGCCAAGAAGAAAAGGAACAGACUUCAACAACUACUAUCACUAAAACAACUAGCACAACAACAAGAAACGAAUCUACUACAUCUCCCAUAAAUGAGACGACCAAUCCUACUGAAAGCACGACGAAAAAAGAAGAAAAAUCUGAUAAUGCAGCAUCAAAUUUUACACCUGUAUUUCAAAUAAUGAUAAGCGCCAUUAUAACUGUUAUAGUAUCGUACCAACUUUAUAAAUAAUGUAAGAAAGAAAUAAGAACUUGUACAAUAAAAAAUAGAAUUCUAAAUAUAUAUGUAUAUAAGGCGCUUAUCAGCUCUUGAUAAUCACAUGUACAGUGUUUCAGAUCUAGCAUUCCAGAUCACUAUCUUUCACUAAUAGAUAAUUUGAUUAAUUUAAAAUAAACAUUUUUUUAAGAUAUCAGAAAAAUAUUCUUUUUAUCAAUACAAAUAUUUUUAUAAUUAAUUCUAAAGAGUUAAAGAAAUCUUUU